UGCGGGCGUCAGUGGCCAUGGCGGAUACAGCGACUACAGCAUCGGCGGCGGCGGCAGCGGCUAGUGCCGCUAACGCCUCGACCGAUGCACCUCCUUUCCAGCUGGGCAAACCCCGCUUCCAGCAGACAUCCUUCUAUGGUCGCUUCAGGCACUUCUUGGAUAUCAUUGACCCUCGCACACUGUUUGUCACUGAGAGACGUCUCAGAGAGGCCGUGCAGCUGCUGGAGGACUAUAAGCAUGGGACCCUGCGCCCGGGGGUCACCAAUGAACAGCUCUGGAGUGCACAGAAAAUCAAGCAGGCUAUUCUACACCCGGACACCAAUGAGAAGAUCUUCAUGCCCUUUAGAAUGUCAGGUUACAUUCCUUUUGGGACGCCAAUUGUGGUCGGUCUUCUCUUGCCCAACCAGACACUGGCGUCCACUGUCUUCUGGCAGUGGCUGAACCAGAGCCACAACGCUUGUGUCAACUAUGCAAACCGUAAUGCUACCAAGCCUUCACCUGUGUCCAAGUUCAUCCAGGGCUACCUGGGAGCUGUCAUCAGUGCCGUCUCCAUCGCUGUGGGCCUUAAUGUCCUGGUGCAGAAAGCCAACAAGUUCACCCCGGCCACCCGCCUUCUCGUGCAGAGGUUUGUGCCGUUCCCCGCCGUAGCAGUCCCUUACAUUAAAGGUCACAGCUUACUUCAUCACCGUGAAAAAAUCUCUGCGUUCACCACCAGCGCCAAUAUCUGCAACGUGGUCCUGAUGCGGUAUGGGGAGCUGGAAGAAGGGAUUGAUGUUCUGGAUGGUGAUGGCAACCUCGUGGGCUCCUCCAAGAUCGCAGCCAGACACGCCCUGCUGGAGACAGCGCUGACGCGAGUGGUCCUCCCCAUGCCUAUCCUGGUGCUACCCCCGAUCGUCAUGUCUGUGCUGGAGAAGACGGCUCUCCUGCAGGCGCGCCCCCGGCUGCUCCUCCCUGUGCAAAGCCUUGUGUGCCUGGCAGCCUUCGGCCUGGCCCUGCCGCUGGCCAUCAGCCUUUUCCCGCAGAUGUCAGAGAUCGAAACGUCCCUACUAGAGCCUGAGAUUGGCCGGGCCACGAGCAGCCGGACAGUGGUGUACAACAAGGGGCUGUGAGUGGUGCCCGGCCGGCCGGCCUGGGGACAGAGCCUUGUCCCGGCUGGGGAGUUGGGGGCAAGGAAGGGGUCUCAUGGGCUGCACCUGCAGAGAGGGGCAAGCUGACUCCACCAGUCCUGGGCCACCUCGGGGAGCACUCCACCGACCCCAGUGGUAGGGAGACUAACCCAUUCACAUGUUAAUAUAAGGGUGAGGAAUUCUGACACAUUUCCUAUAAAAAUAAUCAAGUGCAUUUCUGGGCCUUAUGUGGGGUUGUCAAAACUCUACUCAGCACAAUUAUGUGUAAAGCUGAAAAACUGUAGAGUGCCCACAGGGAAGAUUAGGAUCCUUUUAUAUUUUGGUUUCUUUUUUAUUUUUAUUUUUUAUCAGAAUCAAGUCUGAGCCUUGGUUGCAGCUGCCCAGAUGCAGCAGGUGGACGGGUGGUGGGCGUAGGAGUGGGCCUAGGAGCUGGUAGAUUUAAGAUAUUACUGUGGCCAGGCUCGAUGGCUCCCUGGGCUGGGCUGGGCUAGAGAGGGGAGGGGAGGGGAGGCAGUCUACACCUCACAGGACGAAUCAGCUAUGACUAAGGUCCUCAGGAGGUGGCCCAGGGAGUCAAGGAACACUGGAGGCCUCUGGAAGAUUCCUUGGGUGGCUGGCUCUGAGGGUGGCCUGACUUUGUCCAUGCCACAUCUGCAGAACCAGUUCCUCUACAUGAAGCCCAGUGACACACUGGGAUUGGUGUCACCCUUUAUGGAGCCCUGAUCUAUUUGAGGCCUCUGAGAUGACCCAAGCUCCAGGCAGGAAGCCCCAAGAAGGAAUGAUGUUUGGCAGGAACCAUGGGCCUGCACUCUGGCCUCUGUGGGAAGAUCCUCCUUCCAGGCACCAGGCUGGAAAGCUGGGUGUUGGGGCCGAGGGUGGGGCUGGAGCCAGACUGACCACAUCGGAGGAGCCUCUCUAGCCACUGAGGCUGCCUGCCCCGUCCCACCGCUUCCUGACUGGGAGGGUCUCGUGCCUGAGAGUGUGGAGGCCAGAUGUCUAUGCACCUAUCUGAGAGGCAACAUCAACCCAGGAACGGCGGCCCCCAGCUCUGGCACUAAUGGGCUAUGUGACCCUAGAGAAGCCCACUCCCUUCUCUGAGCCUCCACUCCCUAUCCAGAACCAGAGGACUGGAUCGAGGCGUUCCCACCUGCUCUCCCAGCUAGACCUCGUCUUUGCUGGUCCUGCUCAGAUGCUGAUCAUCCUGGGCACAUCCCCAACAUGGACACUGGACUGGGAAAGGGGCAGGCCCCUUUGGGAAUGGCUAGCAGUUUGCCUCAGAACCUGGACUUUGCCCUUCUCUGUGUGACCCCACAUCCUGGGAGCACUUGACCUCUGCCAGACACUUUACAGUUCUGAAGGAGGAGGUAGCGUGGGUGCCUGAGCCUGAGUCUGGGGCCACAUGUGCAUGGGUGCCACCUCUCACCCCACGAGCCUCCAAGGCCACUUGCUGCUGGCUCCUGUCUCCCUCCCAUUUGCGGCCAGGAAAGAGGAAAGAGCUCUGCAAAGGAAAGCAGGGCCUGAUGUGGGGGUGAACAGGGUAACCCCUUAUCUGAAAGGCCCAAAGAGGAAGCAUUGGCCUCACUGCACCCUCACCUGACUCCAACUGGAAUUGAGCCUUCGACAUGCAGCCACAGGGCCUCCCUCCCCUGGGGACUCCACCUGGGGAGAGACCUGGCUGGAAGUGAGCACAUGCACGUGCAGGAAAAGGCUAGUGCAGGGCAGCAAGGGCGUGGCCACAGCGGCUCUCGCCUUCCUUAGGGCAGGAGUGGGUGUGGUGAGGCUGGUCUUCCACAGGCAUUGACACAUGCACCUCCCAGCCAGCCCUGGUGCCCCCCAGCUAGCUCUGCAGGACACUGCCCUGAGGACCCCCCACUCUCCCAAGGAGCAGCCCACCCCCUGCCCAUCAGGAAAGUGAGAAGGCAGAGACAAGGAGGACAAAACAGCAGAGGGGAGGGGUGCCACGUGUUGGAGGGGCAAGUAUUUUUGAGCCAAUCCCACCAUAACGUGAAUGUGCCAGUGACUGGGGCCUGGGCAUGUCCUCUUUUGAAAAGCUCACUUCAAGCUCACCCUGCCCCAGCUCUCAUCAGCUCUUGUUCUUCUACACUUUACCUUGGGACCAAAACUGCCCACCCUAGCCCCACUGCCACCCCCUCCAGAGGCCUGAGGGAUGGAGUCUCCAACUCCCACUCUGUGCUGGCUUCCCCGGGCCCGGCCCGGCCCGGCCCGGCCCGGCCCACCCCAGCCCUGUGGCCUCGGCAUCUCAUAACCUACUUACUUUGUCUCUUGGAUGAUUUCUGGUCAUGCUCCCAAAUGCAAUUUCAGGUGAGCUAAGGGGGGGUCCUUCUGGUGGGAGGGGGUGGGGGGAGGCAAAGGAUCCUUUUAGCUCAGGGUGAAGGUGACACAGGUUCAGCGGGCCAUGCUGCUAAGCCCUGGCCUGGCUGCAGAAAACACCAUAAGGGGAAACUUUCAGCCAACAUCCAUCCCCCACUCUGCUGAGGCCAGAAGAAGGGAGUCCUAGUGGGCAGAUUGGCUCCUGACUGAGGAGGAGGCUGAGCCAGAACCCAUAGUCAGAGCGGGCCUGGCCCAGCUGUGCCACAGUACAGGGCAUACCUAAAACUGGUUCUCCAGCCCUGGCGUACCCACCCGAACCUCCUCUGGUCACUUCAAACAUUCCCUCAGGCUCGGGGAUGCCCUGCUCCCAUUUCCAGAGAGCAAUCUGAGGGUGCGGGGACCCUCAGACUUCAAGAUGGCUGCUGAGUCAAGAUGGCCAACAGACCCCUUUCCACUUCCUGAUUGUGAGCCGGCUUGUUGCCUGUCCUGGGCCUGGAGCCUGGGAGAAGAGUGGGGUCCUAAGAGGAGAAGGGCCAGUGGACAGAAGCAAGGUGGUUUUCCAGCCCUGGGCCAGUGUGAGUGAGGCACAAGCAGACAUGCCUCGGCCACACCCAGGGGACUUCGCAGUGUCUUUUUAACUUCUCAGAAAUUUUCUCAAUCUCUGUGAUUUAUGUAAUACUAAUGAACUGUGGGCAAUAAAUGGUGGAUUUAA